UAUAGCCUAUAUAUAUAUAUAUAUAUAUAUAUAUAUAUAUAUAUUUAUACAAUGGGGGACCUAAAUCCAGCGAUCUGAUUGGUUCCCAACUGUUGUAUAAAGAGCGUAUACAUAACUGCUAUGACGCCCGAUCAUUUUGUGAAAGUAUCACUCCGCGCCUUGAAGAGGAAACCGUUACAAAGUAUCGUAAGAAACUUUAUCACACGGAGAUUUAGCUUGACCAUGGAGGAGGGGAUUCACCAGCGGGGAAAUAUACCCUUCGACCUCCGGGAAGGCCUCACAACCGAUGAGUGGCUUCGGCAGCUUUCCCCGGAAAAAGAGCAAAAUAAUUCACGGCACGCAGAGCUAAGAAAAGAGGAAGUCGACCAAUUAGAAAAAGAGCGAAACGAGUUUAACACCGUCAAGCAAACGAGGUGGGCAGUAAAAUGCUUAGAAGAGUGGUGUGCUGCCAAAGAUGUUGAUAUAAACUUUGCCACAAUCUCAAAGGAGCGCUUAAAUUGCAUUUUAAGAGAUUUUUAUGCAACUGUCAGAAACGGAAAAGGGCAAACCUACGGAUUAAGCAGUUUCAUCGGUCUCCGGGCUGGCAUCAACCGCUACAUUAACGACCCACCGCUCAGUUUGUCCUGGUGUCUCAUCAAAAACACAGACUUCACUACCAGCAACAAUGUCUUCACUGGCGUGGUAAAAACUAUGAGGAAGAAGGGACUAGACACCACAGUCCACCACUUGGCGAUUUGUGAAGAAGACUUAAAUGCCAUGAAGAAAUCACUUGAUCCUGGCACAGCGGGGGGGCUUGUGGACAAAGUUUGGUUUGACGUUCAACUGCACUUCGGGCGGAGGGGAACCGAGGGCAAUCGACAGCUGAAACCGUCCUCUUUCGCCGUGAAAUCUGACGAAAAUGGUCUAAAAUAUGCCACACUAACGUUCAACGAACAUACUAAGAACCACAAUGAUCCUCAAGGGAAAAAUAGGGAGAACACAAGAGGGUUCAUGUAUCAACUGCCAGGCGACCCUCUCUGCCCCGUCUCGUCUCUCCUCAAAUACAUCUCUCAUCUACCUCCAGACGCAGAAGUAUUUUAUGUCCACCCGAGAAAAAAUAUUAUCUACGGUGCUGAUGAAGUUUGGUACACUCGAGAGCCAAUGGGUGUAAAUCACCUCGCUAAAAUGUUGCCGAAAAUAUGCAAGCAGGCCGGGACACGGAGAUACACCAACCACUGCCUCCGCAGCACCACUAUCCAGAUGCAAUGUCAUUAG